AUGUCAGGUAUAGAAGAUUUGAAAAUUACUUCAUAUUCAGAUAAAACAGAUUCGGAUACAAAACGAUCAAGUUCGGGUUCGACAUCGGACUCGGAACCGAAAAGAAAGAAGUUGAAUGAGCAUCUGUUCACAGACAAUGCAGACUCCGAACACUCUACAGAAGGAAAGUCCAAGAAGAAGUUGUAUGUCUGUAAAGUUUGUGACCAAGGCUUCACUCGUAAGCACAAUAUGGUAUCCCAUGAGUUAAUCCAUUCUUCAGUUAAACCAUUUAUCUGUUCAGCCUGUAAUCUCAAAUUCAGGAGAAUCCAUGACUUGAAGAGACACGAAAAAUUGCAUACAGGUGAAAAGCCGUUCAAAUGUGAUAAAUGUAAUCGACAGUUUGCCAGACCUGAUGCUUUGACAAGGCACCAAAACUCCACCAACGCAUGUUCUGGAAAAACUGGUGCAAUGCUAUCUAGGGAGACGGAGAAAGACUCAUCCUCAUCGCUUUCUCCUCAGGGCUCAAAGCAAUUUGAUUCUAGAGAUGGAGAAAGCGUAGAACCACUUUCAAGCAGCGACGGAGGCUACAGUGCUUACGGAGGGAAGAACUCUGGAGUAUCACUGUCGAUUGCCAGUGCCAAUUCUGGCUCUCGAAAUAUUUCAGAAAUUAGUCAAGAGAAUUAUGAUUUGAAUCGUUGGAAAGCUUUUCAAUAUGCUCAACAGAGUCAGCAUGUUUCGAAACUGAUCGUACCUAGUAUGGCAAUGGUAGGAGGACUGCAGUUUUUAGGUAAUAGGUCAUCAUCAUCGGGCGCUUCUGAAACUAAUCCAGCAAACAAAUUACUUGAGCAUCCCCUUUCUCCCGCAUAUAAUACAACUACCACCACCACGACUACGACAACUACUACUACGAAUAGAAAUAGAGGUGAACAGAAUGACGACGAGAAGAAAUUUGGAGACUAUUCGAAUCAGGGUUGGUUUGGUGCAGAAAAAGAACGUAAGGACUUUAGGAUGAGACUUGAACAGCAGCGGGUUCAUUAUGAGGAAAUUGAACAUCGUAAUGAGCAACGUCGCGAGUUGGAGCAGCAAGAAGCGAAGAACCAAGCCGAACAUCAACGUCAACAGCAAGAGCAGUCAGAGCGGAAUGACCACAGAGAACCUGGAAACCAGAGACUCGAAAUGGAAGAAAGAGAACAAGAAGAACGUGAACAGCAACGGAUUAACCAAUACUAUAAUCGACACCAAAUGUAUGAGCAGAAACAUUCUCCGGGCCGCCAGUAUUUCCGGAAUCAACCCCUACAACACCAGUAUCCAUCCAAGUCUGAAGUUCUCGGUGAUACACUGCUGAAAAAUGUGCUACCAAAAAUUAUACCACAUUUGCCUCCUCCUGGACCCUAUAUGCAUGGAGAGAGGGAUUAUGUUACAAUGGAGAAGUAUCAAGAUUUGGUUACCUAUACGAACUCUUUGCAGGAUAGUUUAAGUAAAAUGCAUUCUAGACUUAAGCAUUUAGAAGAGGGAUCAGCAGAAAACAGCAAUAUCAGCUAA